GCUGGCGCUCUCUGAGGACGCUGCACGCACUAAACGUCAUGGCACGACUGUUAAUGGCUGUUUUUGUUGCUCUUGUCUGUGGGGUACUGCUAUGUUCAUAUUGGUUCUGGAUACAAGUCCAGCCAAAACAACAAUUGGCUCUGGUGGUACCGUCGCCGGGUAACGUUGAGAAGAUGAAGAGUCUCGGUUCACCUCUAUACCAAAGUCAGGAGAUGAAGAGUCACCUUGAAAGUAGAUUCUUUAAAAGACGGAAAUUACUUGAGAAAUCUUGUCAAAAAUACUAUCGGUAUUUUCAUUGGUCCAGAUUUAGCAAACAACCAACCGGUUCAAAGACCAACGUCCAUAAACGAGUUUCAUUAUGCACCACACCGAAAGUUGCAUCCAUGUUUUGGAUGCGAAUGCUUGCCACAUAUAACGGAAUUCCUGACAUUAGUUUGAACAAGACUGUGUUUGUGAAAUCCACCCUUUUACCACAGAAAUUGUAUAGAUCGACUAUAAAAUAUACACUUGUUAGAAACCCUUAUACACGGUUGUUGUCUGGAUAUGUGGAUAAAAUAUUUUCUGUCAAUCCGUAUUAUUGGAAACGGACAGGAUAUCGUUCCUUGCAGGUAAUUCGCUACAAGAACAGAACUCUACCGGUGAAUACUACUUGUGGCACUGACAUUACAUUUGCAGAAUUUGUGGACUAUAUUCUUUAUCAAAACGAUCGACAUAUACUAAAUGAUAAGCAUUUUGUUCCAAUACACAAACAAUGUGCAUUCUGUGACUCUGGAUAUGACUACAUUGGCAAAAUGGAAACUUUCGUUGACGAUAUGGUUUAUGUAGCUGAUGCUUUAGGUAUGAUGGAACACAAUUCUACAAGAGAGGUUAUAAUAAAAGAGGGCUUUCACGGUGCGGACGGAAUAUUCUACAGAAAUACACGCAACUUAUUCGAAAUCAGGCGGAAAGGCAUGGAAGAAUGUGGAGUGACCAUGCCCCAAGGUCUCCGUGCCACAUGGAAGAGAUGGCAAAUACGUGGAAUGAUUUCAAUGGAGAUUCCUUUUCCAACAGAGGCGAAACGGAAUGACAUAACAUACACACAAUUCUAUGAAUUAGCCCUAAAAGCUCAUUCUAGGUCUGAUCCUAACAUGUUAUCAAAAGGAAAACAAUUGGCUCUUAGGGAGGCUUAUGGGACCCUUACUUAUAAAGCUAAGGUCAAGUUAAGGACAUUCUUUGACCCUGAAUUUGAAAUGUUUGACUAUGAUUCCACACCAGAAUUUGUUUUUGGUGAGUAUGAAAAGCCAAAAUUUAGUUUCUUUGAUAAUAAGUUUGGCUGGUUAUAAAGCACACUUUUGAAAGAAUACAAAUUGUUCUUUACAUAGUCGAAUAUGAGAUAUCACCAUUUCAUACAUACAUUUGAUGUGGCAUUGUUCAGAAGGAUUAAAAGAGACGUCAGAUAUACAUUUAACAUUAGACAUGCCCAACAAUUCAAAUUUAGUAUUUGUUUGUUCGACCCAUACAUUGGACAUGACUUGAAAGUAGAUUUCACAAUCAUAAAAAAAUCAUUUAAAAACAGGCAGUCCCAUUCAAUGUGCAAAAUAAAUCCUCAAAAGGCAUCUCUCUGGAGAAGACGAUCCACGCUUCCUACAACUAGACGCUGUUUGCCAUCAUGAACAGAAGAUAUUCUCACCGUUAUGAGGAGUGUCUGACAUAAAACAUUGCAAUGUUAAAACUAUUAAACGUAGAAUGGCAGGGCACAGUAUAGAAAUGAGGAUACAUAACACGUGUUAAAGUAGUCUACAUGACUUCCUGGGAGACAUGCCAGGUACAUGAGAAUGUGAAGGCAAAGAUCAAAUUAAGAAGAAUUAAAUCGGAAUUCAUGUAUAUCAUAUAUGCACGUCACAUCACAUUGAAUGCAAUAACAACAGAAGCAUUGGCGUAUGUCCGGAAUGAAAUAAUGACCUAUUUUCAAAACUAUCUAUAUAUUGCCAAACCAUUACUGACUUGGUUGACACGUCACCGUAUCCCAAUUGCAUAGAUUGAUGCUCAUGAUGUUGAUCACUG